AUGGAUAGCAUAAGGAAAAAUGUUGAGGAACCACUUAAAGUUAAUGGUUGUAUGGUUUACCUGUUGAUGCAACCUGGAUGGGUAAAACCUUGGAGUGAUGAGAAGAAACAAGUUACAGAAGAGUACAGGAAGAACAUGCAACAACAUAGUACAGAUGCACUGAACUUCAUUGAAGAAAAAGCCAAGAAAAUUUAUGAAGUUGGUCUGAGGAAUGUGCAAAAUGAUAAGGAUGCUGAGGAGGAGCAAGGUGAGACAAGUGGCAAAGCUGGUGAUGUGGAUGACAAUGAUGAUGAUGAUAGUGAUGAUGAUGAUGAGGAAGGACAGGAAGGCAAUAGAAGUGGCAAAGCUUAUGAUGUGGAUGACAGUGAUAAGGAUCAGGAGGAGGAGGGUGAUGAGGAUGGGGAGGAUGGUGGUGCCAAAGGUGGUGAUGAGGAGCAAGAUGAGGAGGAUGGUGGUGCCAAAGGUGGUGAUGAGGAUCAUGAGGAGGAGGGUGAUGAGGAUGAAGAGGAUGGUGGUGCCAAAGGUGGUGAUGAGGAGCAGGAUGAGGAGGAUGGUGGUGCCAAAGGUGGUGAUGAGGAGCAGGAUGAGGAGGAUGGUGGUGGAAAAGGUGUUGAUGAUCAGCAGGAUGAGGAGGAGGGUGGUGGCAAAGGUGGUGAUAUUCAUGAUGAUGAUCUGCAAGGUGGCAAAGGUGGUGAUAUGCGCGGUGAUGACACUGACAAAGAGGGUAGAAAAGGUAGUGAUGACGAGGGUGACAAAUCUGAAAAGCGAAGCACUCCUCUGUCAAAGACAAAUGAAGAGAAGGAUGGCAAAGAUGAAACAAGGCAAGGUGUUGAGUUUGAAACUGCUAAGAAGCCUAGAACUUCUCUGCCAGAGACAGCUGCAUACCAGGAUGCCACUAAAACAGCUGAAAUUGAUGAGGCUACUAUAAUCGCAGCUGAAGCCGUAUCUCAGCUGGACCUUAAAGGCAUGUUGCCGGUUGAAGAAGAUCUGAUUUUACUCACACAGGGAGAAGAUCGCCAGAAUGAUCAUUAUGCAUCAAUUGAGGACCUCCUAGACAACUUGUCUGAAAGUGUUUUCAUAAAGCUUGAAAAAAGUUGUUACAGAAUGGCAGCAUCUGACGUGAAGGAAAAGAUGGCAACCGUGAUCCAUGAAUGUCCAAGCUUUCAGUUGUUGAGCAAAGAAGAUCCUCAAGAAUAG